CAAAUUUAAAAUUCAUUUUAUUAAACAUUCGACUUACAAAGAUAACUCCUUCAGAAUUCAGAUUAUUAUUGUACAGAUAUACCAUGAAUCGUUACCAAAAGAUCGAUAUAAUCGGCAAAGGAACUUUUGGAUCUGCCUGGCUUGUCGAAUCAAGGCAAAGCAAGCGGCUAUAUGCACUUAAGGAACUGAACGCUACCGCCAUGCCGAGUGAAGACCGCCAUCUUGCGUUAAACGAAGUUAAAAUUCUGUCAACUUUGAAACACAGGAACAUUGUUAGAUACAGGGACGCGUUUGAGGAAACUGGCAGGUUUUACAUUGUCAUGGAAUACGCGGAAGGAGGUGAUCUCCACACUAAAAUCAAACAAGCGGUGGAGCCUUUUUCAUCAGAGCGGAUCCUGAACUGGCUCGCCCAGCUUCUCCUGGCACUAAAACACAUACAUGGACAGAAUAUUCUGCACCGAGAUCUCAAAACACAAAAUAUCUUCCUGACAAAGGACGACGUGGUCAAAAUCGGGGACUUCGGAAUCGCUCGGAUUCUGGACAGCACUUGUGAUCACGCGCGCACGACCGUGGGUACACCCUACUACCUGUCUCCCGAGAUAUGCCAGCGGCAACCCUAUAACAACAAGAGCGAUAUCUGGGCUUUAGGCUGCGUACUCUACGAACUUACCACACGCACGCAUCCAUUCACCGCAGAUAAUUUGACCAACUUGGUAGUCAAGAUUCUGCACGGAAAUUACCCACCGAUACCGAGAUUUUACGGUCCAUUGCUUGAGGAUUUAGUUGCGGUUAUGCUAAAAAUCAAUCCUGCAGACAGACCGUCGGCAAAACAGCUUAUUUAUGUACCAGGGCUCACUCCAUACAUAGAUAAGUAUGCACUCGUCCAGCGAGACCGAGCAUCUAGCGUUUCUACUAUCUCUUCUAACGCCCCCUUACAACACAAGGCCGACAGCGACACAAGCAACGACAAGAACAACAACGAAAACACUUGCAACGGCAACAACAGCAACAGCGGCACUUGUAAUAGCAGGAAGAAGAAUAACAACGGCAAUCUCAAUAAGAUAAAUCAAGAUGGAGAAAGGGGUGCACCGGGAAGACCUUUGUAUCGUGCAAAGAUGGUUUCUCGAAGCAGAAGUGCAGAAAGUGUCAAAGUUCAGACUUGUAAAACCGAUAAGCCUCGCCGGGUCCAUCAGCUCGAACGAGUCAAGGCAUCGAGUGUUUCUGACGAGUUACACAGAGAAUCGCACCAGCGAACGCGCAUGCAUCAUGACGUUAUUCACCAUGGUAACCAGCGGGCCAUGAGUGUCCCGGAUGUAUCGUCUGUUUCUUGUAAGAUGGAUGAAAAGGCAGUGCGUCAUGGGAAGAGGAAGGGCGAAGAAGAGGUCAAGCUGACUAGAAGCAGGCUUGAGAUUAUGAAAGAACACGAGAGGCGAAGGCGAGGCUUGAUAGGUGAUGGGAAGGGUGGUGUGGGGCGCGAUGAAGGUGAUCCCUCGUCGGGACAAGUAGCGGUUGUGAAUGCGCAACAAGGGAGAGAUCAGGGUACGGCAUUUAUUCAUCGAGACAAAGGAAAAAGUCUUGCUACUUACGACGCUCUCAAGAUGGAACCCAAGAGGUACCACCCUCAGAGGGUCGGUGACUCACGCCCGCGAUGUACAGCCGAGGGUGUCUCAGACAUACCGCCUAACAACAAUGAUAAACAAUCAAGUGAGAAAGAUUAUGCAAUCAGUACCGAGAAGACGCUGAAUGAAGUCAACGCUAAUCAGCUGCUUGCUCGAGAUAAGUACGAGUCAAGUGCUGACAGAAUCCGUGAUAAGUAUAGCAACCAAAUACCUGCUUUAACUAGUAACGAUGGAAACGAGGUGAUCCAUGCUCCUCCUGAGGUAGUCCAAGAAGUACGUAACGAAAACCACGUUUACUCAGGCAAAGAUGGAAAAGGGGACAUUCGAGAAACGAGUAACGGAGCACCUAGUCUUAGGGAUAGAGAAGUUAUUAAAGCAGAUAUAUGCCCCAGCACAUCCGAUACCCCUGGGAACAUAGAGGUAAAUCGCCAUACCAACAAAUGCUGUGCAAAUAUAGUUAUUGACUGCAUGAAAGGCGAAAGUUUAUUUACUGCAGAGACUGAAAGUACGAGGGGUCGAAGGUCUAGGGAUAAAGCGAACCGCGAAGAAAAUAUUUCACUUAAUGACCUCAAAAAGGACCAGAACGUUAAUAAUCAAGAGAUACAGGAACUUCCAUCAGAGGAAGUAAAAUUAGCUGUUCUCCCGAAAAGGACUGUGGGCAGUAUACGUGCGCGCGCAAUGUCUGUACCGUACACACACGUCGCGCAUGCUCGCAAGAGAGUACCGCUGGAUGUGCCAAAUCGUCAGACGAAUCACAACUGUCGUAAGAUCAGACACAAGUCCAGCGGUCACAAGCUCACAUAUGCAGACGCGAAUAAGGAAAACAUUCCCUUAACUUCAAAAGGGUACCGCGUGAAAUCGGUUGCUAAGGCAACCAGCAGGCCAGCUCCACUGAAGCCACGUGACAAUCUCCAAACGGAUACCAUAGUCAACCCCACCGAGCCUUUCAAACGAUUCCAAACUUAUAAGGUCUCUCAGUUACGACGACUGCCGAUACUAUCAACACCAGCCGAGUGUGAGGACCCUGAACAAAUUAAUGAGUUACCAAGUCUCACAGAGAAACAGCCAACCAAGCCAGUACCAAGAAGAGCCUCCGACUCGGGCCCAAGCAGGCGCGGCACACAGGGAACCAAUAAGAUGAAAACUCUAAAGGGAGUACAUGUCGACAAGGCUAGACGUCGAGCUAAAAAGUUAACAGCUGCAUGCGAAGUUGGUUCAACCAGAAAAGAAUUUUCCCUAAAGCCUGAUAAGCCGGUUUCAGUAAACGACACUAAGCCGGAUGAGCCGAAAUCUAGACAGCUUUGUUUUCAAGAUAAGGGGAGUGUGUUUUGUGGAUGUGCCAAGACGUGUAAAGCCAGCAUAAGCUGUCAGCCGAAGUUCAAGUUCUGUGGGGAGACGCUACACCUGGAUGCGACAGACGCGGGCUCUGCGUUCGCACACAUGGAGGCCUUACGCGUCUUCCUUGAGGAGAGACUUGGUACUAAGCGCUUUGUGGAGGCAUACCAGUAUUUGAUUGACAACUCGUCGGCGUGUGACGUCAGGGCGCGCACGCGCAGUGGUGCCAAGUCUGUGCUUGGGGAGGCGUAUGUUGACUACUUGCCGGUACUUGAUCAACUCAUAGCCUGCGAGGUAAAUCACUUUGGUACUAAGGUAUAGCUGAGAACUAAUAGCUCACAAGGUGAAUACCACUUUAGUACCAAGGUAUAUAGAUGGGGACUAAUAGCUCACGAGGUGAAUAUCACUUGAGUACCAAGGUAUAUAAAUGGAGACUUAUAGCUCACGAGGUGAAUAUCACUUUGUACCAAGGUAUAUAAAUGGAGACUAAUAGCUCACGAGGUGAAUAUCACUUUAGUACCAAGGUAUAUAGAUGGAGACUAAUAGCUCACGAGGUGAAUAUCACUUUAGUACCAAGGUAUAUAAAUGGAGACUAAUAGCUUACGAGGUGAAUAUCACUUUAGUACCAAGGUAUAUAAAUGGGGACUAAUAGCUCACGAGGUAAAUAUCACUUGAGUACCAAGGUAUAUAAAUGGGGACUAAUAGCUCACGAGGUGAAUAUCACUUUAGUACCAAGGUAUAUAGAUGGGGACUAAUAGCUUACGAGGUAACUAUCACUUUUGUACCAAAGUAUAGCUGGGGACUAAUAGUUAACAAAUGGGGAAUAAUAGCUCACGAGGUCAAUCACUUUGACACUAUGGUAUAGUUAAUAUAAUAAAGCAUUGGUGUAUUUAAAAGGCUGGACAUAUGGAGGGUAAUCACCAUAGAAAUCUAUUAGAAAGUAUUUAUCAGAGUAUUUUGUUAUCGAUGAAGUUUAUAUUAAAGUUUGCAGAAAAAAUUAA